AUGUCCAAAUACAACUGGGAUCAGAUCCGUACUCAAGUAAAAGCAUUCCGAGCAAGGGCGCAUGCCUCCUACCCACUACAUGCACUUGCCACUGUCAAGGACUUUCAUAUUGAUGGCAACCAACGCAAGAUUUACUUUCUCUCCAACAAUCAAGCCAUCGAUGGCACGCUCACCCGCCACCUCACGCUUUAUCAAGUCGACUACCACGACAUUGCACCAUCUCUGGACGAGCAUGAACCCUUAGCAUCUCAAGAACAUCCCUAUAUCCAGGCACUCUCCAAACGCCCUAUUCUAGAAUGGUCACCCGUGUUUUCUCAAUACCUGGUUCCAAGCGAGUCCAAUGUCCCUGUGGAUGCCGUAUUCCCUUCUCCUAGUGAUGCAUCAUCAGGGCUGUAUCCCAUUGAAAGCAUCGCACAUUAUCAAGUGAUGGAUGAUCAAAUCUUGUUUUGUUCUGGCAACGCUGUCUAUUUGGGUACAUUGGGUCAGAUCCCUAUUUUAUUACAGCAACAGCAACAGCAACAACCGACAAAUUCAUCACCAGCAACCCUUAUUCCUCCUCCUCCUACUCCUGUUAUGCAGCAGGGCUCUCCGUCAGAAUCACCGCCUUCUCCGAAUAUGAACGUAGUAGAUUCAUCGUCGCCAAAGCACCAAGCAACGUAUACGCGUCAACAAAAUGGUAGCAACAACAACAACAACAACAACAACAACAACAACAACACUACUUCCAGCACGUUGGGCAAUACAUUUCAAUCCCCUGUUCGAAAUGAUGCAAAGCUCGGUGGCGUCAACAAUAAUCUCAUUGCCUUUAUCCGCAAUCGUGAUAUUUGGGUAGCAACAACGGAAGGCUACGAGGUACAAUUGACGACAAGUUCACUACAAAUGGAUGAUCCAACAUUGUCAUCGGGCACUUCAGAGCAUGUGAUGCAGGAAGAAUUCCAAAGGUACACUGGUUAUUAUUGGGCACCAGCAUCAGCAUCAUCAUCAACCGAUCCAAUCAAUCGAAUCUUGUACUUGGAGACUAGUGAGAAGGAUGUGGAUGUCGUGGUGAUUGUGAAACCAAGAUAUGGGGCAGCCAUCCAUCCAGAGCGCAAUGCAGCUGAACCCGUACGAUACCCAAGGGCUGGUACACCCAAUGCUGUCAGCGACUUGCAAAUUGUUGAAUUUGGAUCGGUGAUACCAGGGACAACUACUAGGAUUGUGCGAAAGCGAUUAUGGCAUGGUAGCAUCAAGGAUGUAUUUCCCUGGUGCGAGUACAUUGUAAGGUUUGGUUGGCUACCUGAUGGACAAAGUGUAUGGGUUCAAAUUUUAUCGCGUGAUCAGAAACGCAUGGCUGUAUUGCGAGUCGCUUGUGAUCAAUUUAUCACUGAAUCAGAUUAUCGACAACAACAGCAACAACCACACACAACCCAAUUCGAGAUACUUUGGGAAGAGACAUCUUCAAUAUGGAUCAAUGUAGCCGACGCCUUUUAUUUUCUCAAAUCUUCUACACCCGAAUGCGUUGAGUUUAUUUGGCAUUCUGAACAAUCAGGCUUUCGACAUCUUUACUAUAUAUCAAAACGAUCCUCGGCUGCCGCCUCAUCCAUUACUCAGUUAACAAGUGGGGACUGGUGCGUCACGGAUCAUCCAAUCUAUGUUGAUGAACAACGACACCUUGUUUAUUUCAUGGCCAGAAAAGAUACACCUUUAGAAUCUCAUUUAUACGUCACCCAUUAUCGUCGACAACAUCAUCAUCAUGAUCAUCAACAGCCCCUUAUUUCUCGACUUACACGACUCGGCUUUAGUCAUAGUGUUGCUAUGGAUACAUCGGCGGGUGUUUUCAUUGAUUGCUUUUCCAGUUUACAUCACACACAAAGUAUCAUUUUGCAACAUCUCGAAUACCAUGACAACAACAACAAAUUACCCACCGUGGCGGAAGAUCUUACAGCGCUUGUGUUUGCAAUACCCCAUACAAAGGAAGAUGUUGCAUGUUGGAUGAUGGAAGAUACUGAGCACACAAUACGAUCCUCUCCUCGCGUCCUUGCGACACCCACACCCUCUGACGGGAGUGGUCGUCGCCAUUCAUCGAAUAGCGGCAGCUUUGAAUAUUGGCAUGCACUUAAAUCAGGCAGCUUUGGCAUGUAUGAUGCAGAAACACAAAGCGUUCCUGCUGGUGAAAUCUUCUCGUUUAUCAAUGCGGAUGGUGUGCGGCUUUAUGGUUAUCUUUACAAGCCAAGGUACUAUGAACCAGGCACAAGUUACCCUACCAUCUUGUACAUUUAUGGUGGACCCAAGACGCAAAUGGUGACGAAUGAUUUUCGACUGGCAAGGUUACAACGUUAUCUCAUGUCCGUGCACUUUGGAUUUGCUGUGGUGGUGAUUGAUGGGAGAGGAUCUUCAGAUCGUGGGCUAGCCUUCGAAUCGCAUAUCCACCGUCGACUUGGCAGUGUUGAGAUUGAUGAUCAAAUCCAGGGUCUUUAUCAUGUGCAUGAUGCCAAAGUGGGUGCCGAAGCUACCUUGGAUGGCAACAUUGUCAGCGUCAUUGAUUUGGAUCGUGUGGGUAUUACUGGAUGGUCCUAUGGUGGCUACCUCAGUCUGAUGGGAUUAGCACAACGACCCGAUGUUUUCAAAAUGGCCAUUGCAGGUGCUCCUGUAACACAAUGGGAAUUGUACGACUCGGCUUAUACGGAACGGUACCUUGGUCUUCCUGAGACAAAUCGUGCUGGCUAUAAAGCAGGUAGUGUGCUGAAUUGGGUAGACCAGUUUCCCGAUAGUGAACACCGACUACUGAUUGCCCAUGGGCUGAUUGAUGAAAAUGUCCAUUUCGUGAAUACUGAGGUGCUGGUAUCUAAAUUGGUCAAGCACAACAAGCCGCAUUAUCUUCAAGUUUAUCCUACUGAAAAACAUGGCCUGAGGCAUGCGAGCGUAAAUGAACAUUUUGAGACCUUGUCGUUCUUUUGGUUUGUAAAUUAUUUGUAA